AUGGUCGUCACACAUCAGCUUCUCGGUAUCAGCGGGGAUAGAAAGGACUCAACGCCUACCAAGCUGGAUAUAUGGACGAAAGUGGAGGGCAAGCUCACGUAUGAGCUGCCGGAACAUGAUAUAGUGUUAAACACCACUGAACAUCAUCAACAUCGGGUCAAAUGGAUUGGAGCUGUACUCAGACAUAUCGAGAAGAAGCUUGGGAAUGAGAAAUUCGGAACGCACUUGAAAGGCAUCUCUGAUUGCGUCGGCUUUAAGGGCAAGAAUUAUAUAUUAAUACUUGCUCCGUUUGGGACAAGCCCGAAACGCAUUCAAGAGCUAGAUGAAGUGACUAGUACGGACGGUGAGCUCAUAAUAGUCCUCUAG